AUGCUGGCUUCAAUGUUGGGCCAAGCAUUACCUAUUGCUCUAGACGAAACAGGCUUCCGGAUACAUGUCGCAGCAGAGUGGAUAGAACCAAUCCACAACCCACACAGCACUACUUGCUUCUCAGACGACUCUGAUUGGAGCCGCAUCUUAAUCAUCGGACUAGACAAGCACGACGACGAUGAAUUCAUUGGACAAUAUGGAUGGGAGUUCCACUAUUAG